UUGGUAGCGCGUUUCGUUCGGGAGAGGAAGCCUGUCGUAUAGAGGAGCCGGCUCAGCAAAAUAGUUGUGCGUGGAACACGCCGGGCGCAUGUGGUCGGUUGAUCCAGCGUGUGUCUGCAUAUAUCCUUGUUUACUUCUUUUAUUCUCAAGGAGUUCUCAGAGGACAAACGACGACAUUAGCGAAAAAUAAACGAUUGGCGUUUCCCUUAAGAGCCACAUUUUUUACCGAAAUUACGUAUAUAAAUAUUCCAAAACAGAUAUCGAACAAGAAAUGGAUGACGAAACAGGCCAGGAAGAAUCGUGUGGAUCGGGUACAUUCGAAGUAAACAGUCCGUAUCAGUCAGAAGAUUCCAGAUUUUCCGUGGAUUCUUAUGCAAGCAACGAGUAUCCUAUGGAUGUGAAUUCAUCCGAUUGGGCAGAUGAAUCUUCGUUUGAGACAGCGGAAUAUAUCGGUGACCUGCACUACGAAUCAUUGGGCCUGGCACUAGAAGAUUCCACGCCUUUACUGUUCCCUCCCAGAAGAGAGGUCAAUCCUACGAUAGAAGAAGAAAUAUCUGUAGAAACAUUGGAGGAGAAUAACAAUGACCCUAACAACAACAUGGACUCCAAUGAGAUAACAAAUAUCGAUGAAGGAUCUACACUCAUGGAACACAGUUCGGGAAGCAGUAUUCUGCUUGAUCGAUCGAACAGUCCUAAACCAGGCUGUAGCAAAGAUUCCUUGCCUGUUUUGGGCGAAAAUGAAAGUAAUCUUACAGAGGAAAUAAUUCAAGGAAGAACUCAACGUGUAAAGCAACUUAUUUUGAGCAUUGACACUGAUUCAAUUUCAGACGCAAUCAGGCAAAACCCUAAGAUCCGUAUAAAUGAUUUAAAACUUUCGGAUCUCGUGCCGGCACAUAAAAGAUUGAAUCACCCCGAAGCCGAAAGUGUUGAAAAGAUCAGCGAAGUUGCUGAAUCAAUUGUCACAGAAAGAGAUAUAACCGAAGCUGGGUCUUCGUUGAACGAUGAUAAUCGUGUGGCAAUAACCAGCAAACGCGGACCUGUAGAAGAUAUUUGUACCAUCGGGUGUAAGAAAGCUUCUUCAAACCCGGACAUCGCGAUUCUGCUACCAAAACUUCCAGCUCCGUCGUCAAUUUCAAAAAGUUCUUCUCAAAUUCCUGUUUUUGUGCGCAAGAAUUAUCCUGUCACAGGGAAAGCAAAGCAGCACUCCCUAGAAAAACUUGUUCAACAAGACAUUCCUCUGCCCGUGCCUCAGCCCAAAGUAGUCACCGAAGUAGUAACAAUUCCUGACCAUUCCAAAGGUGCCAUCCCCAAAGUACGGACUGAACCACAGAAGCAAAGAGCGCAACAGCGACAGCCCUCUGAGUUACCGAAUAUCAGCCCAGAAGUGUUAAACGUUGGAACUGCUGAAACACUCAGACGCUCGCCCAAUUCGGAUAUUCGUACUACUUCUGGGAAUAUCGUGGGAAAUCCAGACAGUAGAGGAUUGAACUCUGCUAAUCCGCAAAGGAGUAUUCUCACAAAUAUCACGAUAGCCGUGCCAACAACUGCUCAAAACAAUGUUUCUUAUCAACAACCUACUAACAGGACCAUUUGCAAGGAAAUGUACUACAAAUUAAGAGGCAUCUUUCCGAACGUGGAUCCAAAGUACUUAAAAAAAUUGUGUCCCCCGGAAUGGGGACCCGGUGAUCGCGAUGCUCAAGUUACUCCGAUCGUCGAAUUUCUCCUCAGUAAAGGCGAUGAUCUGCCACCCGCACCAGAACAAUUUCGAGAAGACACUGCAGCAACUAAUGGAACAGCAAUGGUUUACGGAAAUGUCGAUGACAUUUACGAGAAUUUACUCGGCAUUUUUCCCGAUGCUGAUCCCCACUAUUUACGGGAGUUUGCCGAAAAAAACGUGUCUAAACCAAACGCGAUCAAAGAAUUCGUCGAACAGAAGCUCGAAUCACGUGACUACCCUACUCGAGAACAGUAUCAAGCGCGGCUUAAAAUCACCGAGCAGCAAAGGCAGUACACUACUGGCUUCAAUGUCCAACAAUAUCUCACAAUAAUACCGGAUCCAUUUACUUACUUUAUGAAUAUCAAAAGAAAAUGCCAACACAGUACUGUCGCCUUCGAAUUCCUCAAAACUUAUUUCAGCAAAAUCAAGGUUACAACUAUAACGAGAAUCUACAGGCAAUACGCGUACAAUUUGAGUGCAUCUGCUGAAGCUCUCGAAGCUACGCCUGCCGAAAUGAAAAGUAAGCGCUUCGGGUACGAGGUGCCAACUGAAAAUAUUACUCUGCUUCAGGAAAUUGCUUUUAUAAAGCAUAAAGAUGAAAUAAAAGAAUACAUCGACAAUAAAAAAAGAGCUGAAGAGGCUGAGUUCAAAAUGAUGAAGGAAAAUAAUUUCCUCGUCGAAUGUGAAUGCUGCUACGAUUCCGAGUGUCUUCCAUCGAAAUGCUCAACCUGCGUCAAGGGACAUCUGUUUUGCAACAAUUGCAUAAUAACCGGUACAAACACGAAACUGGGCGAGGGCGAGACUCGCAUUGAAUGUUUCCUCAACUGUGGCAGCGAGAUAAGCCUUUCAACACUCCAACAAGUACUCGCACCGACAACGUUCAGUAUUCUUCUCAAGAAAAGACAAGCGGCCGAGGUGAUGGAGGCUGGCCUGGAGGGCUUGGUUGCUUGCCCGUUUUGUAAUUUCGCCUCGAUACCUCCUGAGGAGGACAAAAUCUUUAAGUGCUUGAAUCCUGAGUGCACCAAAGAGUCAUGUCGCCUCUGCAAGGAACUGAGCCACGUGCCUUUGAAAUGCGACGAGGUAUUGAAGGCUGACAAAGCGAGACAUUUCAUCGAGGAGAGUAUGACUGCGGCGUUGGCACGAAAAUGUUACAAGUGUCAACGAGCUUUCUUUAAGGAAGAAGGAUGCAACAAGAUUCAAUGUCCUUGCGGUGCCCUGAUGUGUUAUUUGUGUGACCAACCGAUAAAAAAUUAUUCGCAUUUCCGGGGACAAGGCUCGAACGAUCAAAACCUAUGUCCAUUGUACAGCGACACUAUAAGAUUGGAUGCGGUCGCCGUGCGCAAGAUCGCUGAAGAAGCUCAAAUGGAGGUGUUGAAACGCAAUCCAAAUAUGAAAAUCGAUACGAGCAAGCUGUUGCCAAACAUUCCGAAUCGAACCAACGGACCUCAUACGACCGUCCUCAACGCUGACGAAAUGCCGCGUCGGACUCAACGAGUUCUCGACCUUAAUCCCCUAUGAGGAAUUUUAUUUGCCGAAUUAAAUACCACCGCUCGAAGACGAAAAAGAGGGAAGAAAAAAAAUGUGUCAAAGUCUCUUGAAAUUUCGAUUGAACGGUGCGCGGCAAAAUCGCGACCAAAGAAAGUCUCCUUAGUCGAAUCAAGCAAAUGAUUUAACCGCGUGUGUGUCUAGCAGCUCACACUUAUUUCUUCGUUCGUUUCAGCGUUCACUUAAUUUUUUUUUCUCGUAUUCCAUACGUUGUUACGUUGUUUAUCUUAUUAAUUUUUUAUUCUUUAUAUCUCUCAACGCUCAUUUUGUAUCUCUAAGAAAAAGGUACGAGCUCGCUCUCCAGCGAUUAUUUCUUUCCAAAAGUUAUCGCUACAGAGCUUAUCCUGAUACUUGUGUACCUGAGAAAGAGCUCUGCUCGCACAAGGCUCUAUUCACAAGGCAAGUGAGAGAAAGAGAAGCUACGGUUCCUAAACAAUACGUGCUCUCUAUUAUAUAUGUAUUUAUCUUAACAAAAGAUUGACAUUUUUCUAAA